AUGGGCUCAACCGCAGAAGUCUAUUCCAUGGAGCAAGAACCGCUCUGCGUCUAUGUCUUGAGUCGCUUGUCGGGGAUUGGCCACUUGGAAUUUCUUUUGGAGCAUGGUUCUCCGGAGAACUCACUGGAGUUUUGUACCUGGCGAGAGAAAUUGAUUGGGGAUAUUGCGCGGUAUGUUGCCUUCAUUCUUCGCUCUUUAUCUUGGAAAAAUCCUCAGCAGGUUGACCCAUCUUUCCGUGAGAACCUCCAGCACCAGUAUACCCACGAUCUACAACGACUACUGGCUGCCCUACCAACCCGCUUCCAUCCAAUCACCCAAAAAUCAAUCGACCUCCUACCAGCAAUUGUAUCUCUCCCCAUGGUUCUACUCCACCAGGACUUCAGGGCGACCAAAAUCAUAGUCAAUUCGACUAGCAACCACCUAAUUGGGGUGAUUGACUGGGCCGAAGCCGAGAUCGGCCCGUUCGGUCUGAACCUCUACUAUCUGCAGGAGUUCAUGAGUAAGUUCCAUAUCAAGGACGGCUGGAUUCGGUAUGCUAAUUAUGAUACCACCGAGAUACUCUCCUGGGAUACUCUGCGCACAGAGGUCGGGGGUCUUGAUGAUGAGGCUAUCCGUGUUAUCAAGGCUGCUAUGGUGGUUGGGCUUUUGUUGUCUCAUGGCUUUACGUGUCGUCCGGCAAAUAUGCCGGAGCCGGAGCCUAUUCGUGAUUACGAGAGUGGGACGUACAAUAUACUUCGUUUGGAUGGGCUGCCCACCGUUCCGGCCACCAGGUUUGUGGGUGAGAUAUACGAGUGA